GCUUUUAUUUUGAAAUGACUCAGAGGAAGCUGUGUGUUAUUUAAUGAGCUUGACGCACGCGCAGCGCUCAUUAAACCUGCAGCAGCGCGAGGAGUCUGCGAGAGAACAAAGAGGCCGACAAAGAGGUUAAACAUGAUGGAAAAAUCAAACAGCCAAUACGACUCCUUCCUCUUCUGGAGGCAGCCAAUCCCGGCCCUCGACCUGUCCGAGCUGGCGGACCUGGGUUUGACUGACGCUCAGCCGGCCAGUGGCGUGAAGGGAAAAGACAAGUCGUCCUCUGUGAGGAGUCAGGAUGAGGAGGGCGGGCUCUCUGAGUUCUCCUCCUUUAACUAUUGGAGAGCUCCCAUCGCUGACGUGGACGCUCUGCUGGCCGACCUCAACCUGCUGCUCUGAAACCUCCAUCACCUGACCUCUGACCUCUGACCCCGGGUCAGUCUGACCUCACCCGGGGUCAGAGGUCGCUCUGACAGACAGGUCUGUGUCUCGCUGUGAGUGCCACCAUGGAGCUUAGCCGUACGGAAACAAGAAGAAGAAGAAGAAGGUGAUGAUGUCAUGAACGCAGAAAACAAACAGGAAGUUAGUUUGAGUGUUUCCUCUCAGCCGAGUGUGAGGACAGUGAACGCAUCACGAUGACAUCACAGUGACGCAUUUAAAAAUGAACCAGCUUCCUGAUGACAGACGACGGCGUGACACAGAUCCAUCUGUCUGCUCCACUCCUGACCCUGGUCCUGGUCCUGGUCCUGGUCUUGGUCCUGAUCCCCGUCCAGUUUUAAUGAAACCGUUUGAUUGUUUUCUGAUCAGAUAAUUAAAGGUUGAAUGUUUGAUGUCAGAUUAUUAAUUUAUUUUAUUAUUUAUUGAUGCGUUAUAGUUUUUGUUUCCAUUCGUGCCUUUUUGUUGCUGCUUCGUUAAGUCGCCUCAUUAAUUAUUCAUGUCAUUAUUUCUGUUUGCUGAGCGGGCCUCACCUGUUUACCUGCACACCUGUUUACCUGUACACCUGCCAACAAUAAACGUCUUCUUUUGAGCAGUGA